AUGCAUUUGUCAAUGGAUACCCUUGGAAUAGUGGACGAUAGUUGUCUGGACAACUAUGACAUGGCAAAAGGAGCUGGGUCAAGCAGUGGAGGCAGGGUCCACAGUAUCGAUGUCAUACUGGGAUUCACUAAGGACCAGGACCCGUUACUCCAUUCGGUAGGAGGUGAUGACAGCCAAAAAGCCAAUGGAGCAAACCCACAGGACCCUGAAAAGCAGGCCUCGUCAAACCACUACGGGCACCUUCCAGAACUGGGUGACAGCUCCCAGCAUUCUUCCUACCACGAAGCAGACCUUUUCUCUGGUGACAAGUGUGACGGAGAAAUGAACAACUUGCAGAAGGACGUGGAUGAUGCUGAGGGCUCUCCAGAGACGGUUAAGGAGGAGGAACAUGCUAAAAAGAAACACAGAAGAAACCGGACCACGUUCACCACCUAUCAGCUUCAUGAGCUGGAGCGAGCCUUUGAGAAAUCCCACUAUCCGGAUGUCUACAGUCGUGAGGAGCUGGCAAUGAAGGUCAAUCUGCCCGAGGUUAGAGUUCAGGUUUGGUUCCAGAAUCGAAGGGCAAAGUGGAGACGUCAAGAGAAGAUGGACACUAGCACCAUGAAGCUCCAAGAUUCCCCCAUGCUGUCCUUCAACCGCCCCCCAAUGCCUCCUAGUGUGGGGCAGGUGGCCAACCCAAUGCCACUCGAUCCCUGGUUGACCUCACCCAUCUCCAGUGCCACACCCAUGCACACCAUUCCAGGGUUCAUGGGUUCACCACAGGGCCUGCAGCCUGCCUACCCAAGCCACAGCUUCCUCAACACCCCACCUGGCAUGGUUCAAGGUAUGCAGCCUAUGGGCCCACCUCCCUACCAGUGCCCACCCAGCUUCAAUGAUAAAUACCCAAUGGAGGAUGACAGGAGCUCCAGCAUCGCAGCCCUCAGGAUGAAGGCCAAAGAGCACAUUCAGUCAAUGGAUAAAACCUGGCAGCACAUGUGA